AUGCAUUCCCCUUUGGAUCCAACCCUUCAAUUCGACUCUAUUGAGGACACAAUAGCGGCCUUUAGUGAGUCCCCCAGCUCCAGAACUUCCCACCCGCGCCGGCGCGGGAGGCAAAUCCAUCCCACCACAUUCAUUACACAUACAAACAACAUCCAUGUAACUAACAAGCACACCAAUGCACCAGAGAACGGCGAAUUCAUCAUCGUGCUCGAUUCCCAAGACCGCGAAAAUGAAGGCGAUCUCAUCAUUGCCGCUGACUCCAUCACUCCGGCGCAGAUGGCUUUCCUUGUUCGCCACACAAGUGGCCUGAUAUGCGCCCCCGUCACCCCCGAAAUAGCCACCCGCCUCGCCCUCCCUCAAAUGGUCACCGAGAACGCUGAUCCUAAGGGAACCGCGUACACCGUCUCCGUCGACGCAGCUGACCCCUCUAUAACAACUGGUAUCUCGGCACAAGACCGCGCUCUUGCCUGUAGGAUCCUGGGAUCGCCGACAUCCACGGCAGCGGAUCUGCGCCGACCCGGUCAUGUAAUUCCGCUACAGGCCAGACCCGGAGGUGUCAGGGAACGCACGGGACAUACAGAGGCGGCAGUGGAGUUCUGUCGGUUGGCGGGCAAGACGCAGGCGGGUGUCAUCGCGGAACUUGUGGAGGAUGGAGAGGUCGUACCGGGAGUUCCAGAAAUUGGGGGUAACAAUGGGAUGAUGAGACGGGAUGGAUGCUUGAGGUUUGGAAAGAAGUGGGGGAUCAAGAUCACCAGCUGGAGGGUGGACGGCUGGAGGGAUGUUGGCUUCGUCAACAGAGUUAGCUUUUGA